AAAAAACCUCACAACCCCUCCCCAAUUCCUCUCCUUGCUCUUUUUCUCCACCUCCCUAUCCCAAUCUCACAACCCACCUUCCUCCAAUCCAUCGGAUCCACCUCCGCCUCCAGCCAAGGGAAGCAAUGGCUGCUUCCACCCAGGGUCAGGUCAUCACAUGCAAAGCGGCGGUGGCGUGGGAUGCGAACAAGCCGCUGGUCAUCGAGGACGUGCAGGUGGCGCCGCCGCAGGCCGGCGAGGUCCGCAUCAAGAUCCUCUCCACCGCGCUCUGCCACACCGACUACUACACCUGGAGCGGCAAGGAUCCUGAGGGUCUUUUUCCUUGCAUUCUUGGUCACGAAGCCGCUGGAAUUGUUGAAAGUGUUGGUGAAGGAGUAACUGAUUUGCAGCCUGGGGAUCAUGUCAUUCCUUGUUAUCAAGCAGAAUGCAAAGACUGCAAGAUGUGCAAGAGUGGAAAGACCAACCUAUGCGGUAAAGUUCGUGCUGCCACAGGGGUAGGUCUCAUGAUGAACGACCGCAAGAGUCGGUUCUCGGUAAACGGGAAACCAAUUUACCAUUUCAUGGGGACCUCAACAUUCAGCCAAUACACUGUCGUGCAUGACGUCAGUGUUGCAAAGAUCAACCCACAGGCACCCCUAGAUAAAGUCUGCCUACUUGGUUGUGGUGUUUCUACUGGCCUUGGAGCAGUAUGGAAUACUGCAAAGGUUGAAGCAGGUUCUGUUGUUGCUGUUUUUGGACUUGGCACUGUUGGACUUGCGGUUGCUGAGGGUGCAAAAUCAGCUGGUGCUUCUCGGAUUAUUGGCAUUGACAUUGAUAGCAAAAAGUUUGAUGUUGCUAAGAACUUUGGGGUUACAGAAUUUGUGAACCCAAAGGACCAUGACAAACCAAUCCAGCAGGUCAUAGUUGACCUUACAGAUGGUGGCGUGGAUUACAGUUUUGAAUGCAUCGGAAAUGUUUCUAUCAUGAGGGCUGCACUGGAAUGCUGUCACAAGGGCUGGGGUACCUCUGUCAUCGUUGGUGUAGCUGCGUCUGGCCAGGAGAUCGCGACCCGGCCAUUCCAGCUUGUCACUGGCCGUGUUUGGAAGGGGACAGCUUUUGGCGGCUUCAAGAGCCGAAGCCAGGUUCCAUGGCUCGUUGAGAAGUACAUGAACAAGGAAAUCAAGGUGGAUGAAUACAUCACCCACAACAUGAACCUGAGUGAUAUCAACAAGGCGUUCGACUUGCUGCAUGAGGGUGGCUGCCUGCGUUGUGUCCUGGCGAUGGAGCACUGAGAUUUCAUUGUUGUGUUUUACCUGCUUCAAAGCCAACCAGUUCAAGUCACGUCUAAUUGUAAUGCAGAUCUAUCUAGAACUCUUUGCUCCGUUUGGCCUAGAAACUCUUGAACACAAACCAGUGCUAUAAUAAAAUGUUCUGUUGGAUGGUUGAGACAACAA